GCCUCAUUUGGUUCAUUCCACUUCACAAGGAAUUUCUAGGAAUAGCUCACCAGCAGAAAACUUUGAAUCAAGAACAAGGCCAUGAUCAAAGACGCAGAGUAUGGAGAAACAUCAUGGGAGCUGUCCGUGCAGGUGGAUCAAAAAGCUGGAGAUGAGUCCAUGAAAUUUAAGCUGAGGGUGAAGGGAGACUUGCACAUUGGAGGCCUGAUGCUUAAACUGGUGGAGAAGAUCAAGGCUCCUCAGGACUGGUCAGAUCAUGCACUGUGGUGGGAACAGAGGAAAUGUUGGCUGCUCAAAACACACUGGACCUUGGACAAGUAUGGAAUUCAGGCAGAUGCUAACCUGCGCUAUACACCCCAGCACAAACCCCUGUUGCUGCAGCUCCCCAAUAUGAAAACCAUCAAAUUGACCGUCAGCUUCUCCAGUGUCGUCUUUAAGGCAGUGUCAGAGAUCUGUCGAAUACUCAACAUCAGAAGAUCAGAGGAACUGUCUCUGCUGAAGCCUCCAGAGAAGAAGAAGAAGAAAAGCAAGAACUCUGCAAAGGAGGACAUCUGGGACAUCGAUUUAGCGGGCGGGGGACCAGGAGGCACAGGCCCCAUGUACAGCAAGACAAUGACAGCCACCUACGACCCAGAGAACGGGAUGCCGGUGUCUGCCACGAGCCUCUGGUUUGGAGAUAACCCUCUGGCUGAAUCGCAGCCUAACCUGCCCCCUGCUGAGCUGGCCAAGAUGUACCAUCCGCUGGAGCUGGUGGACAAAGCAGUCAACAGUGCAGGGUGGUUGGACUCGUCUCGUUCUCUUAUGGAGCAAGACAUUCAAGAUGAGGAAAAGCUAUUGCUUCGCUUCAAGUAUAACGUCUUUUUUGACCUCAAUCCUAAAUACGAUGCUGUCAGAAUAACACAGCUGUACGAACAAGCUCGCUGGUCCAUUCUGCUGGAGGAGAUAGACUGCACUGAGGAGGAAAUGCUGAUGUUUGCUUCAUUACAGUAUCAUAUUUGCAAACUGACCAUCUCAAGUGAACCAAUGGACAACUUCAACGAACCAGAAAUAGAUGAAGUAGAAGCUGCUCUGUCCAACUUGGAGACGACACUUGAAGGCGGACUCCCUGACAGAAUUCUGGAAGACAUUACAGAUAUUCCAGAGUUGGCAGAUUCCCUCCGGCUGUUUAGGCCAAAAAGACUAACGCUGCGGCAGUACAAAGAGUACUGGUUUGUUUUCAAGGACACCACAAUCUCCUACUACAAGAACAAGGAGACGUCCAAUGGAGAACCCAUAGAGCAGUUUCACCUGAGAGGUUGUGAGGUAGUCCCCGAUGUCAACGUGACUGACAAGAAGUUCGGCAUCAAGCUCCUGCUCCCAGUUGCUGACGGGAUGAAUGAGGUGUACAUCCGAUGUGACAAUGAAACGCAGUAUGCCAAGUGGAAAGCUGCAUGUAUCUUGGCCUCUAAGGGCAAGACAAUGGCUUACAGCUCCUACAAGUCAGAAGUGAGAAACAUCCAGUCAUUUCUGCAAAUGAAGAGCCUGGCACCCCCUCCUGGUCAGGCAGCUCCUGAUAUCGAAUCCAUGGAGAUGAAUGCUGAAUGUUUUUUCUCCCCGCGCUACACCAAGAAGCACAAGACCAAACAGCUAACUUCACGUAUCCUGGAGGCCCAUCAGAACAUAGCACGGCUGUCCCUAAUGGAGGCUAAGAUGCGCUUCAUCCAGGCCUGGCAGUCACUUCCAGAGUUUGGUAUCAACUACUACAUUGUCAGGUACAGUGCCUAUAUUUAUGUUGACAUGUUUAUUUUUAUUUUAAUCGUUUAUUUAGCAAGAGAGCAGCCUACGCUGCGCAAGAAAUAA